CCUCUCCUCCACCCACAAACACAAACACAAACACACACACACACACCCCAAAUUCACAACAACAAAUCGCACCUCCAACCACCGAUCAUGGCGGACGACUGCACCGACACCUCCGUAGCCACCUCUUCCACUCCACCCAACUGGUGGGAUACCCACAGUCACCACCAUCAUUAUAACUCCAACUCCUCUUGCGACGACGACGUUUCAAUCUCCACCUCCUCCUUCACCAACGCUUCCAAUCACUCCGCUCUCACCCUCGACUGCUCCUCCGCCCAGCUUCUUCCCCACCACGCUUCCGAUCAUCAUCUCUGGACCCAAGUUUUAUUGAACAUUGGAAACGGCGUGGAAGACAUACAACCAAAUUUCCUGGAACCCAUUGCAUGUAGCGAUUACCUUAAAAAAAUGGACACAAACACCAACUGGGACGACACUUUUCAAACCUUCAACAACAAUAACGGACUUCUCACAACCCUAGAAAACGAGCGGUUGUUGAAGCUUUCCAAUCUCGUCAACACUUGGUCCAUAGCCCUACCCAGCCCUGACGCCCAUCUCCGCCAUCUCAUGGACCAGGAACCCCACCCUCUCCGACCCACCACCCUCCUCGACCCAGACGCCGCCCUCGACCCAUGUGCCUCCGCCUUCUUUAGGCGCUCGCUUCAUACUCCGAUGCCCGCCAAGCCCUUCUAUGAUAACCACACCGCCACUACCCGUAAUUAUGGUGAUUAUAUCUCCUUUAAUCCACGAUUUGCUAAGCCACUUCUCGGUGUUAAUCCUUCCAUUAAGUCCUUCAAUUUGUCACCUCAAACUAAGAAGCAGAUUCAACAAAUUUCUUCGCCAACAAGAGGUAGUGGGCGAGGAAGUGGAGUUUUGAACGAAGGGAAGAAGAAAAGAUCUGAAGAAUCUUCUGAAACUGUCACCAAAAAGGCUAAACAAGAUAACUCAACAACACCUGCUUCUACUAAGAUUCAGCAACCAAAGGUCAAAAUUGGGGAUAGAAUCACGACCCUUCAACAAAUUGUGUCACCAUUUGGAAAGACUGAUACCGCGUCGGUUCUAAACGAAACCAUUGGAUACAUUAAAUUCCUACAAGAACAAGUUCAGCUGCUGACGAAUCCUUACCUGAAGACGAAUUCGUAUAAGGAUGCAUGGCAAAGCUUGGAGAGGAAGGAAUCAAAAGGGGAAGGGAAAAUGGAGCUAAGGAGCAGAGGGCUGUGUUUAGUUCCAAUUUCAUGCACGCCACAAGUGUAUAGAGAGAACAGUGGAUCCGACUAUUGGACGCCUUAUCGAGGGUGUUUCUAUAGAUAGAUAUAUAGAUAGAUAUCGACUUUUAUACCGACAGAUACUCAUUUCUAUUUCUAAAUUUCAAUAACAAACUUCAAAUCUUCAAACAAUGGAGGGCUCAACUUAGUGCACUAUGCCAUAAUAUUUGACUCACUCAAACGGAAGUUCAAGGAGUGGAAGCUUCCAGGGUAUAUAUGAAUCAAUUACAUAUGUGGUUUGUUGCAUUAUUCCAGCUAAUUUCUUUAGAGACUAAGUCUAAUAUCCUCGUAUUGUAGCUUGUUUUAUGAUGUAACGAUACUGACCCGACCCAACUCAAUCUGGGUGUUAAGUAUAUAUGGAAGGUGCAAGUUGCUUAUACC